CUGCAGCAGCAUUGAACUUGCAGAGAGAGGGAGAGAAAAAAGGCAGACUGGACAGUUGCAGAAGGAGCUCGGUGCUAUUAUUGCCGAGGCUGCCAUAGCCGUUGCUUUCGGAGUUUACUCCUGGCUUUUAUGAAAUGUACAUCAAACGUGAAUGGUUUCCGAUUCGUUGAAGAGUACCGGUGAAGAGGAGCAGUAGGGGAUCAGUAUGCACUUUAGGUUCGACGUCGCCUAGAACGCAGCGCAACAACAUCUCUGCGCAGAGCCUUUGUGCGUUUAAUCACUGAAGUUGUGUCAUGCGAGCGAUGAUUCGCAUCUGAUUGUUGCUGAACUAUCUGGAGAGGACAGGCAAACGCUGCAUUGUGGCAACCGAGACGCUUAUUCCUGCCCGAGGAUUGCACAAUCCGUUCUCCCCAAAAUGUCAUCUCAUGCCAAAGUCAAGAAGGACAAAGAGAUUAUUGCCGAAUAUGAGACCCAAGUGAAAGAGAUCCGUAACCAGCUGGUAGAGCAGUUCCGUUGUCUGGAGCAGCAGUCUGAGUCCCGGCUGCAGCUGCUGCAGGACCUGCAGGAGUUCUUCCGUCGAAAGGCUGAACUCCAGCUGGAGUACUCCAGAGGCCUGGACAAACUGGCCGAGCGCUACUCCGCCAAGAUCCGCACCUCGAGAGAGCACCAUCACUUCAAAAAGGACCAGAAUCUUCUGUCCACUGUGAACUGCUGGUAUUUGGUCUUGGACCAGACCAGGCGGGAAAGCAGAGACCACGCCACUCUCAGCGACAUCUACAACAACAACGUCAUUGUCCGUCUGGCACACGUGGGCGAGGAUGUCAUCAGACUCUUCAAAAAGAGCAAAGACAUCGGGGUGCAGAUGCAUGAGGAGUUAGUGAAAGUCACCAAUGAGCUCUACACUGUGAUGAAGACUUACCACAUGUACCACACGGAGAGUCUCAGUGCUGAGAGCAAGCUGAAGGAGGCAGAGAAACAGGAGGAGAAACACAUUGGUAAGGCCAAUGACAUUGGGUCCAGCCUGCUGCGGUACGGUCAUGAUGAACGUCCACAACGACGGAGCUCUGUCAAGAAGAUGGAGAAAAUGAAGGAGAAGAGACAAGCUAAGUACUCUGAAAACAAGUUGAAAUGCACAAAGGCCCGGAACGACUAUCUUCUCAAUCUGGCAGCUACCAAUGCCCUGGUGGCCAAAUACUACAUCCAUGAUGUCUCAGACAUGAUAGAUUGUUGCGACUUAGGUUUCCAUGCAAGCCUGGCACGCACCUUGAGAACCUACCUGUCUGCAGAGUAUAGUCUGGAGACUUCUCGCCACGAGGGUCUGGAUUUGCUUGAGGGAGCAGUAGAUGCCAUGGACAUUAGAGGAGACAAGCUGAAGUUUAUGGACACACACAGCAUGAUCUUUUGUCCUCCAUCGCGUUUUGACUAUCAGCCACACAUGGGGGAUGAGGUGUGUCAGGUGAGUGCACAGCAGCCUGUCCAGACAGAGCUCUUGAUGCGCUACCACCAGCUGCAGUCUCGCCUGGCCACGCUGAGGAUAGAAAAUGAAGAGGUGAGAAAGACUCUUGACGCGACCAUGCAGACCCUUCAGGACAUGCUCACAGUGGAGGACUUUGAUGUUUCAGAAGCCUUCCAGCACAGCCAAUCCACAGAAUCGGUCAAAUCAGCUUCCUCCGACUCCUACAUGAGCAAGGCAAACAUUGUUAAGAGACGCGCCAAUCAGCAAGAGACUGAGGGCUUCUACUUUACUAAAUACAAGGAAUACUUGAAUGGCAGCAAUCUUAUUAUCAAACUGCAGGCCAAGCAUGACCUUCUGAAACAGACGCUAGGAGAAGGGGAGAGGGCUGAAUAUGGAACAACAAGGCCCCCCACUCUUCCCCCUAAACCCCAGAGAAUGCGGAAGGCUAGACCUCGCUCCAUUUUUAACCGUAAGCUGUUUAACGGCAAUAUGGAGGCCUUCAUUCAGGACUCAGGGCAGCCUAUACCAGUGGUGGUUGAGAGCUGCGUUCGAUACAUCAAUCUUUAUGGUCUUCAGCAGCAAGGUAUAUUUCGAGUUCCUGGCUCUCAGGUCGAAGUCAACGAUAUUAAAAAUGCAUUUGAAAGAGGAGAGGAUCCACUGGUGGAUGACCAGGCUGAUCAUGACAUCAACUCUGUGGCAGGCGUUCUUAAGCUCUACUUUAGAGGGCUGGAAAACCCGCUGUUCCCUAAAGAACGUUUCCUCGACAUCAUAUCUACAACCAAGCUUGACUCAGGAGCAGAACGAGCUCACCAUCUUCAACAGAUAAUUGUGACUCUUCAGCGGCCUGUGAUCAUUGUCAUGAGAUACCUGUUUGCAUUUUUAAAUCAUCUUUCUCAAUACAGUGAUGAGAACAUGAUGGACCCCUACAACCUGGCUAUUUGCUUUGGCCCCACAUUGAUGCCUAUACCAGAUGACCAGGACCCUGUGGCCUGCCAGGCGCAUGUUAAUGAGAUCAUUAAGACCGUUAUCAUCCACCAUGAAGUCAUCUUCCCGGCCCAGCAUGAGUUGGACGGACCUGUGUAUGAAAAGUGCAUGGCUGGUGGGGAAGAGUACUGCGAAAGCCCCCACAGUGAGCCAGGAGCUCUUGAUGAGGUAGGCAAUGGUACUGGACCCAACACUAGUGAUGAAGAGUUGGAGCAGAUCGAGGCAAUCGCAAAGUUUGAUUAUGUGGGCCGAAGCCCAAGAGAGCUUUCCUUCAAGAAAGGAGCCUCUCUGUUACUCUACCUACGAGCCUCUGAGGACUGGUGGGAGGGCCGACAUAAUGGUGUGGAUGGGCUGAUUCCACAUCAGUACAUUGUUGUGCAAGACAUGGAUGAUGCCUUCUCAGAUAGCCUUCCGAGGACUGAUAGUGCAUCCAGCAGUGGACCACACCACGAUGAAAGACCCUUGUCCAGGAACGACCGCCAAUCUCCUUGCGAUCACACACCUGAGCACCGCUUUGGAGCAGCAUUUGGAAGGUUGAGGGUGCGAUCAGAUGGUGCUGCGGGUCCGCGACACAGGAACAGCGUUGAUAGUCACAGCCCCACCAGAGCUGCCGACCACCCUCCUAGGGUUAUGCCUCGGCCCUGCAGUCCACACAAAAUAGCAGUUAGCAGGGGCCCGUCAGACAGUCCGGAGAAAUGGCGUCUCGCCACAUUUGGCAGUGCUGGCUGCAUCAACCACCCAGACAGAAAGGCCUUUGUGGACAGCCACUCUCAACGAUCUUCACCUAGCACCAUUCGACACGCAAGUUUAGGAGAUCACAAAACCUUUGAGGCUGAAGCACUCGCUGAGGACAUAGAGAAAACAAUGAACACAGCUCUUCAUGAGCUGCGUGAGCUGGAGAGACAAAACGUAGCCAAACAUGCCCCUGAUGUUGUUUUGGACACAUUGGAGCCCCUCAAACACCCUGGUGGAGCCCAAGAUCCGCCUGGCAGCCCUCUCCACACAAUGGUGAUCAGGGAUCCAGAUGCAGCCCAGCGACGUAGCAGCAGCAGCUCCUCCUCCGAGACCAUGACCACUUUUAAACCUGCUAUAUCAGCACGUAGACCAAGUGCACCUCUAAGGCCCCCGCCUGUCAGACCUGUCCGGCCUGCUCCUGUGAUUGGACAGGGCCAGGGACCACAGCGCUCUAGCAGCUCUAGUUCCUCUGGUCUAGGCAGCCCAGGCAUCACAGCCACUGACAGGGUCUUUCCCAAACCUCCCUCCCCAUCACCAUCCACCUCCUCCUCAUCCUCAGACAAACAAGGUAACAUGUAGCUCCAGUCAGUCACAAGUCAAGAAGGAGAAGACCACCGUGGAUACCAAGUGAUUGACCCUGCACCUAUAUUUUGAGAGCAAAACAAACAUUGACACCUGGUCUCUUUGAUGAAUAUUUACCACUGAUCUUCUGUAGUGUAGGACAGCUACUGCUGGUUUCUGACAACUGUGCGCCCACACAAUAACUUGUUGGACAACUUGAUGUACUGUAUUUCAAUAUUACACAAAAAAAGAGGUUGGAAUCGACAAGAAUAAUUUUAUAGAACACUACUGUGCUGGACAGCCAUGCUGGAUUAAAAAAAAGGGAUGCACUGGAAAAUGCUUCUUUUUAUUGAAAUUUGUCAUAGAAUCAUCUCAUGUUGUUAGGUUAUAAAAAUGCUGUGAGCUUGAACUUAGUAUCUGGUUUCAUGUUCCAUUAUGAGGGAACACUUAUGGGAACAUUUCACCACUAAUUAUGUAGACAUCCAGUCUGUGCUGGUGGUUAAUGCAGUCUAUUAUAACUAUGGGACCCUUUUCCUCAAAGAAACCAGUCCCACAAUGCCAGCAUAUACCAGCAAAACGUUAAGGUUUUCCACACCAGGAGAACACUUUGGCUGUGUCUGAAAUCACUCCAUUUACUAUGUAGUGCACUAUUUUUUUCUGUUAAACGCCAUUUUAUUUCAGUGUAUGAAUUUUGAGUUGGAAGACAACGAAAAGUCUCAUGUUUUGAAAGUGUGCAUGACAUGUAAAGGCUUUUCUGCCAACAGUCCCACAAUGCAACGCUUCACAUUUUAUAAAUGCGAAAAUUACAGUUGUGUGACGAUACACCUGUUAGUGAUUACGCGAAAGGAUGCUGACUCAUAUGUGUUGGAAUCUCAAUGUAUUGUUCAUUAUAGAGUAAACUAUUGAGUGUCUGUUUUAUGGGGAGAUGUGAUUGAGGGAGAUUUCAGACACAGCCAAUGACUGAGUGGUAAAGCUAGAGUAGAAUUGCAAUAAGUUGCAGUUUAUUCUAAUUGUCACUAGAUGCUGGCUUCAAGGACAUUUUGUCUGUAUAAGAGCCCCUAUGUGAAAAAAAAUCUGAAUGGUAGUAUAAAAAACAGACAGUGGAAAACAGCAGUGCUUGCUACACCCCACACCAAUCUAACUCCAGGAGACUGAAUACCAAGGGCUGAAAGCAACUACACAGCACCAAAUGGGAUUGGUCACUUUUUCUGGAAUUGGCUAAGUUUUCUACAAACAAAUUUAAGAGAAUAGUUUGAAAAAUGCUACUAUCAUAAAAACAUUAAUGGCCUUUAGGUACAUUGAAAAAUCCUUCAACUUUUCUCUUAAAUUGCUCAAAUAUUAUUUUUGUCCCUGCAAGAGUAAGAAGUUCCAGUAAAACUCACUAAGCAGCUGUGUAAUCAAAACAAGUGGUGCUGCUGCUGUCUGAGCACUUAACGACCAGCCGGAACAACAGUAGCAACAUCACUGGCCAAAAGGUUGGGUUCGGGCCAAGUUAACUGAUACCGGUGCAGCAGCGCAAUCAGCAACAACCUGAGACUCUGCCUUGUUGCAUUUUUCUUAGAACAGGUCAGUGGACGUCAAAAGUAGACCAGGCCGGAUGGCUACAAUUACGCAGAGAGCAUUUACAAUUAUUGUGGACAUUAUAGACAUGCCACCCUUAUAACUAAUACAUGGAAAUAAAGAUACAAAUCAGAAAACUGUUCUUAUAAUAUAGUCAUCUCUCUAUAUAAAAGAUUAGCUGUGUUACCUCAAACAAGUAAAACGUUCUUCAACAAUUCAAGUGACUAAUGCACUUAAACACUACAGGGAACUGUGCUGCAUUCGUAGCUUCUGUGUUUUCAUUUUGAUAAAGUUGUACUAGGAACAUGAUAUAGCACAUCAGUAUCAUUGAAGCUUACUUAAUGUCUAGAUUGCACACGUCAGUUCAGGCUGUGUGGGUGUUUAAGAUGAACUUGUUUACUGUUGUUGGUGUUUGCCGUCUGUCUUAUAAGGAUCAAUAUAUCUUUUAAGUGUAAUAGGUACAUUGGAUUGAAUAUAUAAAUACUGUUAAAGGAUACUUCUAUAAAUAACAAUGUAUGAUAGGAACAGGAUAUAAUAUCAUGUCUAGUCUGUUGAUUUUGUAACUCUUAUCCUUGCACAAACAUUAACAAACAAUAAAUCAGUAAAACCUUGCUGA